GCAAAUAACAACUACCGAUCUGGUACACCCGUUAUCCCCCCAAAACGGCUCCAUCCCGCAGAGAAUCCGGCUCCGGGUCCAACCUCACCUCCUCCUAUACCGGCGCUCCCAUGGCACGUGUUCCCUUCUUCUCCUAUCUGUCUUCGCACGCACAAGCCUCUCCUCAGUUCCCUUCUUCCUCCUCUCCCCGACUGAUCAAGCUCAUCUUCUCUCUCUCAUCUGUUUCGUGUUUCGUUGCUCGAUCUCCUUCUCUUUCUUCCUGAAGAAGUGAAGAACUAAUCUGCUCAUAGCUAGCUAGCACCGUUAAUUUUUUCUCUAUGCGAUCGCGAAACAGUUCUUGAUCCCCGAUUAAUUAUUGCGCGCGUGGAAGAAUAAUCAGGAGGAUCUAUGGACGUUAAAUACCACGAGGAGUAUGUGAGGAAUCCAAGAGGGGUGCAGCUCUUCACAUGCGGAUGGCUGCCUGCUUCUUCCUCCCCCAAAGCGCUCGUCUUCCUUUGCCAUGGGUAUGGCAUGGAAUGCAGUGUCUUCAUGAAAGCGUGUGGGAUGAAGCUGGCCACGGCUGGGUACGGCGUGUGGGGCAUGGACUACGAAGGCCACGGCAAGUCCACGGGCGCCAGGUGCUACAUCCGCAAGUUCGACCACCUCGUCGCCGACUGCGACCGCUUCUUCAAGUCUAUCUGCGAAUUGGAGGAAUACAGGGGCAAAAGCCGGUUCCUGUACGGCGAGUCCAUGGGCGGCGCCGUGGCUCUGCUGCUGCACAGGAAGGACCCGGCCUUCUGGGACGGCGCCGUCCUCGCGGCGCCCAUGUGCAAGAUAUCGGAGAAGGUGAAGCCGCAUCCGGUGGUGAUCACCCUCCUGACGCAGGUGGAGGAGCUCAUCCCGACGUGGAAGAUUGUCCCGACCAAAGACGUCAUCGACUCGGCCUUCAAGGACCCCGUCAAGCGCGAAAAGAUCAGGAAGAACAAGCUCAUCUACCAGGACAAGCCGCGGCUCAAGACGGCGCUGGAGCUGCUGAGGACCAGCAUGGACGUCGAGGACGGCCUGUCGGAGGUGAGCAUGCCCUUCUUCGUCCUGCACGGCGAGGCCGACACGGUGACUGACCCGGAGGUCAGCCGUGCAUUGUACGAGCGUGCCGCCAGCGUCGACAAGACCAUUAAGCUCUACCCGGGGAUGUGGCAUGGCCUCACUGCCGGCGAGCCUGAUGACAAUGUGGAGCUGGUCUUUGCUGACAUUGUCGCCUGGCUCGACCAGCGAAGCUGUCGUCGCAGACUCAGUGAAGACCAACAAGUAAGAGCUCCCUCGGAGCCUGAUACCCAGGUGGCGUCCAGUAAGACCACCGACAUGAAAUGCGGCGAUGGCACGGACAGUCCGGCGUCGACACAUGCCCGCCGCCCUCAGCCUCAGCGGCGAAGCAGCUUCCUCUGCGGGUUGACCGGCAAGGCACCUCAUCAACAGUGCAGAAUGUAAAUACCCGAGAUAAUGAAAAGUUCAGCAAGUGAAAAAGAAAUUAAACAGUAGUUUCGUCAGGAACAAAUGCUGCUUGUUUCAGUAGUUUCGUCAAGUCCUGGAGCAAAACACAUAUCUGAGAGAUCAUGUACUAGUAUUUUGUACCAUAGUAUAAUGCUAUCAUCUCAACAAAGAAUUACAAGAUCCA